AUGUUUUCUGGAUGCCAAAGUACCAUUGCAAUAAGCAGCAUGUUGGUGACACUGGCAGUGUUACUGUCACAUGCUGUGACUGUCAGAAGCAGUACCAUUGUCAGUUCAUACCCAAGUGGCCAAACAACUGUUGAAUUCAACAACAUAGCAAUAGAUAAUGCUACCGGAACAGUGUUCAUAGGGGCAGUGAAUGCACUGUAUAGGCUGGAUGGAGAUUUACAACUGCUGCAGAAUGCUACCACUGGACCUGUCACAGAUAGUCCCUACUGUAGUCCCCCACCUUUGACUUCAACUUGUUCACAGGGAACUCCUACAGACAACUAUAAUAAAAUUCUUGUUGUAGACCAGAGUAGGGGUAGGCUCAUUAGCUGUGGAAGUGUGUAUCAGGGGACAUGUGAGAGUCGUCCAGUUACAGAUAUUUCACAGGUGACUGCACACAGAGGGAUUGGUCUUGCACGCAGUCCUCUUGAGAAUUAUGUAGCAGCUAACUCACGUAAUGCAUCCACAGUUGCCUUUGUAGCCCCAGGACCAAUUUCACAAAAUUCUCAAGAUGUGCUGUAUGUGGCAUCAACAUACACUGGACAAGGAGAGAGUGGGAGAUUGAGAGAUCUAGUUGCUGCACUACUUUGUGACAAAUCAAAAGACAACAACCAGCAGUACAGAGGAGGAAACAAGAAUAAUCCGAGUAUGUCAGAAUGA